GGUGAGAGGGGACAACAUAAGAUUUCGGGUGCAACAAGCAAAUUCGAUUUCUCCCUCUUUCUCUUUACUCAUUUCUAGUAACCAUGGGUCGUGUCCGCACUAAGACUGUCAAGAAGGCCUCGCGUGUCUUGAUCGAAAAGUACUACCCCCGCCUCACUUUGGACUUCCAGACCAACAAGAAGAUCUGCGAUGAGGUCGCCAUCAUUUCGUCCAAGCGUCUCCGCAACAAGAUUGCUGGUUUCACGACCCACUUGAUGAAGCGCAUUUCGCGUGGUCCCGUCCGUGGCAUUUCCUUCAAGUUGCAGGAGGAAGAGCGUGAGCGCCGUGACAACUUUGUCCCCGAGCAAUCUGCUUUGGACACCUCGGCUAUCGAGAUCGACCCCGAGACUGAGGAAUUGCUCAAGUCCCUCAACUUUGCUGGUCUCUCCGGUGUUAAGGUCACUGCUCCCGUCGCUGCCUUCACCCCCAAGGAGAACCGUCCUCGCCGUGACAACCGUCGUGCUCCCCGCACUGAGGCUUAAACAGUUUUUCUUCACUAAAUAAAAAUUGUUCGGUCAA